CUGUUCUCGAUCGUCGCUACUACUUGUGAUCAUAUUUAUUCAUCAUGGCAAACGUUCCAGCUAUGCAACUUCUCCAUGCCGCGAAGUUUGUGCUCAGCAUCGCCGCCGGGGGAUUUCUUCUCGUUUGCCAGCGGCCCAUGGACUUCCCUAAUUUUGUUGCCGCCAUGUACGUCCUGGUGAUAGCAGCCUUCCUGCUGCUCUACUUCUCGCUGGGUCGUCCACAGCUGGGAUCGACAACGGCCAUCACCGCCGAUGGUUCCUGCGUUCCAACAGAACAACUUCUCAAAGCUGCCAAGUUCGUGCUCGCCAUCGCCACCGGAGGUUUUCUCCUUGUUUGCCAGUCGCCCGUGGACUACCCCAGUUAUGCCAUGACCAUGUACCUCCUGGUGAUCCUAAGCUUCCUCAUGCUCUACCUUUCCAUGUGUCGUUCACGACUGGGAUGGACAACGACAGCUGAUGGUUCCCAGCGAGCCACAAUUACUGUUCCUGCACGCCCUCUUUUCCCUCGCGCACCCUCGGUGAUCGUUUAAUAUUUCGGGUCGAUGUGCGUCACUUAUGGCGAAUUAGUUUCUGUUAGCUUGGAGUUCAGCAGUCGUUUGUGUUCGUUCUACUUUGCUCAACUGUUUUCCUUCUUCUUUUUCUUUUUUUGUCCUAUUUCCACUGGUGUGGUUACACGAGACAAUUUGUUCUUGUAUCUUCCCACAGUAUGGCUUGAUCUUUGUUUUGCACUUCGUCUCAGUGAUGAUUUGCUCAUAAACUU